AUGAAUGAAUCUGGACUGAUUUUCUGUAUGAUGUCCGCCAAAAGUAUCUUAACUUCGCCUAUUAAAGGUUUUAAAAAAAUUUUAACAAGAAUUACUUUAGCAUUUAAUGUGUCUUUAGAAGUGGAAAAGCUAAUGCCAUUGGUUAUAGGAAAUGCUGAAAGGCCGAGGUCUCUUCACAUAAAAUACCCAUCAGUAUGUGGAUUAUACACAUUCAAAGAAAAGUUGGAUGACAAGCACAAUAUUUAA